AUGCUAAGCAACAUCGAACAGAUUAUGCGAUCCUCGGGCGGUGCUACCGGUGUUUCCAGCCCAGCAGGCUACAUGAUCAUAAACUCAAUCGCCAACAUUCACGCCAUGAUAGAUGAGCUGUGCAAUUCCAUUCAGGAUGCCGUUGUUGACUAUAAUGGUAUGACAACAGAGGUUGUCGAAGCUUUUGUCGAUCUUACAAACUCCAAGGAGCUCAAAUUGACCCUUGACGCCGUGGGCUUGAUCUAUGGUCUUGUUGCCGCACCGUUUUGGAACUCAUGGUUGAAGAAGAUGAUGGGAGACGCAUUCAAGAACUUCGGAAAUACAGCAGGAACACUGAAAGAUUCUAUGAGCGCCAUGGUUUCGAGCAGCUUGACAAUGAUCAAAAAUUCCCUAUCCACUACUAAGGGUAUUGGAACCAGUCUCGCUUUCCAAGCCUUGGCAACAACCAUGGGAACAGAUAUGCAAGAGGCACUCGUUUCCAAUGCGCACUUGCUUUUCAGUGGUGAAGACACAACCACGCUCAACGGGCUGAUCUCUGGUGGUGUCUGGAGUGCCACCAGCCCUUCAGAGGAGACCAAAAAUUUCUACAAAGCACUCGUGGUUAUGACGCUUCCUGUAGCCUGGAUGGAAGGGGCAAGCUCCGGUGUGGGUUCCUUCUGGAUGACGGGAACAAGAUUGGCCAGUGACUUUUCGGACAUCACUUCAUGCGAUGGCGCUGUCGAGGCCGCGAAUGAGAGAUUCAAGGGACUGACCUUCGAGAAUACCGAAUCUGCGUUCAUUUGCGACGAUGCGGCUGAUACGCCGUACUGGCUUGUCUACGUUGGCCGGGAGUGCGACAUCCGUGACUCGCCUAGAUAUGGAACUUGUAAUGGAAAGGGUUCAAUCACUGCUUUCCCAAGUAUCAGCAAGAUCGAUGGAACGAACUUUGGUGGCUUGACUAAGAAAGAUCUACUUCUUAGGUAA